CUCAAUCCCUGUCUGUACUGUGCCGCGUCAGGAAUUUGCACUGUACUGUACUGUACUAUAAUGAUACCGUGUAACCUGUCCAUUGUACGGAAUAAUUUCUCAGGCUCAAAACGCGUCUCGCUUGCAGCGUUUGGCGACCAGUCGCGUCACCCACCGACUCGUAUUUCCACUUCAAUGCGGCUCUGAGUGAGAGCAGGUUGAUAUUACCACUCCGAUGCAAUCGACCAAGGCUCUUGUAGAUCCGCUAGCCAUUGCAUCAAUGCCAGGGGUCUAAGAAACCAGCAGAGAUCAGGAAAGGACACCGACAAAAAACACCCGCCACCAAUCCUCGAGCUCGGCCUGUGAUGCCCAUUGGAAACGCGAGCUGAUGCCCAUGGCGCGCGAAAGCCACCCCCGGGUCGACGUGACCCCGAAACCGCGGGCUGCGAGUGCCGACCCGGCCCCGUCGACCAGCCGGCGCUCCAUCAAGACACCGGGUAGUAGUCAGGCACGGGGUGUGCAGCGCCCGCAGGGCCUCUCGGCGUCGGGCAGGAAACCCGCACCCCUGGUUGCGACUCCGCAUGCCCGCGCCGCCUUGCGGGCCAUUGACUCGCGGCGCGCAGCCAUCUUCACACCUCACCGUGCGAGACGCCAGAGCCUCCGCGAGGCCCGCGAGACCCCGCGCGACUUUCUGCUUCCGCUGGGACGCGUCCUUGCGCGCAACACCAACAUCAUCAACUCGUCGUCGUCUCCGCGCGAUCAAAAGACUCCCGGCUCCGGGGGCGGCGAUGCAGAUGGCGACACGGCCAUGGAAGAGGAUGAAUACGACGACGAGGAUGACGACCUCCCGAAGCGGCCCAGGUUGUCGCUCCCGAUCGACGCGGACGAUGAUGACAGCGACCUGCAGCCGCACCGCUCGGCCGGCCUGGAAGACGACAAUCUGACGGCCCGGUCGAUCGAGCUGCCACGGAGAGCCUUCAGUGAGCAACGUGGCAGCCGGUAUUCGCUCGCUAGUAUGCGCAUGAGCGACUACUCUAACGGGAACGAUGUGCCGCCGAGCGAGGAGGUUGGCAUCGAUUCCGGCUUCUUCCCCCCGAGGAACGCCAUCGAUCAAGAUACGCUCGAUCUUAGGGCGGGGGAUAUAUCGGCCUAUGAACGGCUUGAUUCGGAUGUAGGACGCCGUGAUACGGCCCGAUUUAGUGACUUUGAGAUUGAAGUGCCGGUCAACAUGAAUGAGGACACCUUCAUGAUAGCGCCGCAAGCUCAAGAGUCGCCCACCCACGAAGCCCCUGAGCUUCAUGAACCUGUGGAUGAGAGCGAGGCUCUCGACCCGCAAAGCGACGAUGAUAACGACGUGCCAGAGCCGGAACUAGCCGAAGAAGCGAGCGACGCCGGGUCAGAAGCAGCUGUAGAAGCUUUUGCCAAGUCGGAUGCACAGCGAAGCACAAAAAAGCGAGCCAUCAAGAUAUCGAAGCACGGCAUUGAAUACCCGUCUCUCCCACCUGCCGUAGUGAAGCGGCUUGCGCAAACAUUCGCAAAGACAAGCGGAGCGAAGGGGAAGAUCACCCCUGACGCACUCAAAGCAAUCAUGCAGGCGUCAGAUUGGUUCUUUGAGCAGCUGGGGGACGACCUGCAAGCCUAUGCAAAGCACGCAGGCAGGAAGACGAUCGAAGAGAGCGAUAUGCUCACCAUCAUGAAGCGUGUGUUUUUUUUUUACAUGACUGACCCUAUCUACCUCAGACAACGCCAAACUAACCCCCAUACCACGCCCUUUGCUCUUGCACAACGCCAUCUGCCAAGGGAAUUACUUCAAGAGCUGCGCAUGACACCCCCUGCUCCAACGAAGAGACGGCGUAAGGCUAGUGGCGGGAACGAGGACAAAGAGAUUACCUGA